AUGGACAAUAUAAAGAAAAGAUGUCGAGAGGAAAUUCAUCCAAUACCAAGCAUUUAUCAGGAGGAAGUUGCCAAACUUAGGGACGUCAACUGGACCGAUGACACUAAGCGCGUUGUGAAGAAGAUACCUACGUUCGUAUCAUGCAAGGGACAGCUAUACAAUGCAAGGACACAGCUAUUACCGAAACUUCCCAAGACUCGUCAGGAAAUUCUACUAGAAGGAAAAUGGAGGGAAACAUCGGCUGGUGAACAGUUUCUUUUAUUUAAUGAAGGAGAAGAACAACGGAUGAUAGCGUUUGCCACCACUGAGAACCUCAGGAUGUUAUCAAAUGCCGAUACUGUGUUUUGUGAUGGAACAUUUUACAUGUGCCCUGGACUGUUUACCCAGUUAUACACAUUACAUGCUAUGGAAGACGGAGCCAUGUCCCCGUUGAUAUUUGCUUUGUUACCAGGAAAGAGCCAACUUAUCUACACUAACUUCUUCAGGAAAAUUAGCGAUACCAUGGACGAUCUACUGCUUCCGUUUAACCCAGCUACCUUCUUUCUGGACUUCGAGGCCGAAGCCCAAAAUGCCGUAAGGACCUUCUAUCCAGAAACUACAGUGAAAGGGUGUUUUUUUCAUUAUACUCAGUGCAUUUGGAGGAAGGCCCAACAACACGGAUUACAGGUAUCCUAUGGUGAAAAUGAAGAGGUUCAUCGACUUGUGUGCCGAGCAGCUGUGCUUCCAAUGAUUCCCCCUGAACGUCUUGAGGAUGUGUGGUUCAAUGCCUUAGACCUAGAGGAUGCAGUUCUGCCAGUAAAUACUACACCAUUCUGUGAUUAUGUGACCACCCAGUGGGUAGGAGGAGGAGAUAUCAACACAUGGAACCACUACACAACCGAGGGACCUCGCACCACCAACCAUCUCGAAGGGUGGCAUAGCAAGCUAAAGAAACAGAUUAAGCAUGCUCAACAUCUAUACCCUGAUAUCAGCACUGCAAGGAAUUCAAGCAGCAAAUGA